UGGUGGUAGCGAUGGUAGUGGUGGUGGUGGAAUGGAGUACAGACCAGUCGAGCCUCCCUCGCACUCGCACACGUAAGAGGAUGAAACGGAGUCGAGAGUACACGAGGCGAGUCAGUUCGCUGUCGACUGCGUUCGGAACAGGACGUGUGUCGGCCCACGUCGAGUUGAUCGCCUAGACAGAUUCGCGAGAGAACUCCUCUAUAAACUCUCCUCUAUCGCGCUCGUUCGAGGGCGAUUUUUUGGGAUUAUCCGGAAAUCGGCGGCCAGUUUAUCAGCCAGUUGGUUUUACACGUGCCGAGAUUUGUGGAUCUGUAUAUCGCGAAAAGAAAAGAAAAAGUGCAUUUGUGCGUGAGGGUGCAAAGGGUGAAUCGAGGGGAGGGAGUAACCGGUGAAGUGCCGGUAGUCCAUGAGAGGAAAAUGACCGAUCACGUGGUGGAAAGUACGUUCGAGCUUUCAGCUUUCAUGAAAGCUGGUAUCAUGGCGGGUUCAGAGAGGGACAGCGGCUCUUGCAGCAGCGUUGAUGAGGAUAGUAGAUCUAGCCUGCAUUCGCCCACUUCGUCCGAAGACAGUGUCGAGGUGCAAGUGACACCGAUUUCGCUGCGAAACAAGCGGAAGCUGGCGGAACCGCGAAAGAUCCAGGAGCCGGCGGUUAUCGCGACGCCAUUGAAAAAGAGACGGUUCGAUCCAAUUUCCGAGGAGACUACUGUGGAUCAAGAGGCGGCCAGAUCGUUGAACACGCCGAAUCCCUUCCGACCAUGGAUUCCUACUUCCUGCAAGAAUGAAUCCAAAACAACCACGACUUCGACGACGACAUCGACGAUGACAACUUCAAAGACAAUUUCUGACACUACAACGACGACAACGAUGACAAUGUUAACAUCAACAACAUCCAAUGAGAAGAAAGAAGAGGAAAGGAGGAAAGAGCAAGACGAGACGACACAGAGGCUGCACGAAUCAUUCAGAAGGUUACAACAACCUGUCGGUAGUAAUCGACCAGCUGUUUCACCCCGACGAGAACCUCGUCAAAGGUUGCUCGAGUCGGCGACGCCAACAACAGCACCGGCAACGUCCCCAUCGAAUAUCUCCUUACCGCAUCCUAGGCUGCAGGACGAGCCACUGUCCUUGGUGGUGAGAAACGAGAUGCCCAGAGUGCCGUCACAUCCCGCAGUGAGUGGCACCUACGAGAAGACGCCGUCAUAUAUGAUGGAACAUUUACUGGCGACGUCGUCCGGCCGUAAUCAUCAAAAUCAUCAGACUCAUCAGAGUCAGCAGCGGAGUCAUCACAGUCACCAGUCGGCCUCCGCGACAUCGAGACACCACCAUCAGGGCGGCCAACAGAGGAAUUACAAGAAUAUGACGAGGGAAAGACGAAUAGAGGCGAACGCUCGAGAGAGAACCAGGGUGCACACCAUCAGCGCGGCCUUCGACACCUUGAGACGCGCCAUACCGGCCUACGCGUAUAACCAGAAGCUGUCGAAGCUGUCGGUUCUGAGGAUCGCUUGCAGUUAUAUCAUGACGCUCAGCAAAAUUCUGGGAAAAGACGAUGAGAUGGCCACGAGAAGCAACGGGCUUGCAAGCUUGGGCAGCUGCGUGGAAUUGGUCUCCAGGACCAUUCAGACGGAGGGCAAGCUUAGAAAACGGAAAGACGACUGAACGAAUCCUGUUUCCAUUUAAGCAACGGAACAAAAAGGGAAAUGAUGGACAAUGAAGUUUGUUACAUUCGUAUCGGAAAUAGCGGAAAAUGCUCCGCUCCGCAUUGUCAAACGCUUAUUCGCCUUCUAUUCUCGAUGCCAUUUAAUUUUUGCAGAGGAGGGGAGGACGACCUAGGGUUAAGUAAACCUAAGUAAACCUGAUCACCACCGGUUUCUACGCUGUGUGAUUGUCUCGAUUAAUUCGUGGUGUAUUGAUUAGGAAUGCAUUAACUAGAAUCGUGAGUUACAGGCGCAAUAGAAGAAAUUUCGAAAGAAGUGAAAGAUUUUCGAAAAAUAACAAUAAUUUUAAUUAAAUGAGCAUGAGUCUUAUUCGCAGAAAACUUUAUAGGAUAAGUACUUGUCGUUUUACAAAAAUUAUAUAUUACGCUCUUUGGAAUAAUAGUAAGCUUUAAAUUUUAAUGGGUAUUACCAGCAGAGAAUUUCUUGCGGCGCCCACAAUAGGGACUUGUCUAUCCACGUACCGACAGCAGUUGCACAACCAGACAAUAAAUCUUUAGAAAGAUCCUCAUACUUAGGUCACGCUUAAUUUACAACAGACACUGCCUGCAAUCCUUGCACUGUGUCUCGGAAAUUACGAUGAAGAGCGAUAAACAUUUAUGUAGAAUCUAACAAUUCAUGAUAGAAGCUAGUCUCGAAACCUUAACCCUUUCAAAAUGAUAUCUUGUUCAAAUAUAUCUACUGAUGUAUCCUGUAAAAUACAUUGGUAUUUUUAUCGUGAUAAAACAUUUUUAAAAUGCUUAAGCUCUCUUAUAAAGUAUAAAUAAAAAUUAACUUUAUGUGAAUAAAUUUAAAUUUAAUUAAGUUUGUAACAAAUUAAACUUCAAUUGAAAAAUUAAAAUAUCUUUAAGUAUAAUUUAAUUUAAAAAAGUUUAUAAAUAAAAUUUUAAUAAAAUUAAAUUUUUUUAAGUGUAUUUUUUUCAAUUUAUUAUUAUUUUUUUAAUUAUACUUGUAUUAUGAAAUCAUGUUUCCUACAUUUUUAUAGCAAAAAUAUAGAAUUUUUCAAUUUAUUAAUGUUAGAAUUCAGAAACCCAUUCAGAAAAAAAAUUAUUUUUCACUGACUGUGGAUCAAGAGAUUUUCAUCAAACUAUAAUUAUAAUUCUUUAAAUUUACAUUCUCGCAAUAAAACCAUAGAAAGCAUUUACUUUAUUAUUAAUGUAUUAUUCUAAUAAAGUUUUAAAUAAUCUUUGGGAUUAUUGCCUUUUGAAAGGGUUAAACGUGUAGCACGCAAACGGGCCUUACCUCGACCGAGCGGAUUCGUAUAUCAUGUAAAGCGACGAUUUUCAAACUAUUAAGAUUUUCAAUCUAUUAAGAUGCAUACUUAUUUCAACGAAAGGACAAAAGAAUCGAUCGCCUGCAAUCUGUUGCUUACGAAACACUAAUCUAAAAUAUGCGCGAAAACGAAAAAGUACGAAAUAAAAAGGAAGACAAUAAUGCUGCUUGUGAUGUUCUCUGAUAAGAUAGUGAACGUUACACAUACAUUACAAAAUUAUAAACGGUAUCAUCUUCCUAUAGAAAUAUAUGAUAGAUAAAAAAUAUGUAAAAAAAUCGUCGCCGUAAACAGGAUGGAAUUUGCUAGAAUUGUCUCAUUUUCAGGAAAACUACUACUUUAAAAUUUUCAGAAUACACUACUAAAUCAGAAGUCAAAAAACGGAAA